AUGUCUUUAACAAGACAAUCGACAAAAAGUCUCACUCAUGGCGUCGAAAUCGUCUUUGGCGUUGUUUACAAGAUUUUUUUCCUAUCAUCUCUCGUCGUUAACGUUAUUCUGUGCUUUCUUUUCACCGGAAUUAUGUACUAUUCACAUUCAAGGAAACAGUUCUCACGUGUCAUUUUGAUUAUUUUCUGUUUGACGAUGUUUUUAUAUACACAUGAGACGUACACAGAUUGGUUGAUCAUCUAUGCACAAGGUCAUCAAUCGAUCCCCGGUUUGCUCAUCAUUCUUUCUAUCGCCAUUUUUUGUGUCGAGGUGAUCGUCAUAAAAAAAUAUCAUACCCUCAAAGAGAUGAUCGAUCCGGGGAGACAAGAAGUGAACAUACGCAAAGACUCGAUAAACACCUCGAAUUACGAUAUGAAACAAGCGCUGAAAGAGAUGAGACGAGCAAGGCGAAAAAAGGAAAAUCAAGAGAGAAAUCCGUCAACGGUUUGUGAA